UUGGUGUGGUCAAAUGGACAAACAGAAACAAAUACAAUAAUUGGCAUGCGACAUAUUAAAUCCAACAAGAGACAGUUCACUUUUGACCAUAUUGGCGAAAGUAUCGUUAAUUUAGUUCGCUCUCUUACUUUGCCACCAACUUCAAACAAUUUCCGGUCUUUAUUUUACAAAUGAUUUUUCAACCAUAAAGUUAGCCACAUCAUGGAAAUUCAAGAAAAUUCACUUCCCGUAUUUUAUAUUAGCCGAAUUCUUGGCUUAGCACCAUAUGUUUUUCGUCAAAAUGGAAGAAAUCGAGUGGAUGAAAUUCGACGAUUACCAUGGCUCUGCGUUUAUAGCAUUUGCUUCUUACUUACUGCAGUCAGUCUAACAUUUCGAUUUAUAUUCAUUGAUUCGUAUGAUAAAUUGCCAAUUCGAAUGAGAACACCUACACAGAAAUUUGUGACGGUAUUUGAUGUAUGUGUCGUAGUGGGAGCUUGUGUAUGUGGCGCGCUAACAGGACUCAUUGGUAAAAGAUUAAUUCAACGAAUUAACGCAAAUCUUCGAAAAGCAGAUGAUGAAUUGGCACUAUUCAAUGAUCCAGUGAAUCAUAAAAAACGAGGCAUUUGGUUACUUUUCAUUGUUUUUUCAUUAAUGACUUGCAUGAUUGCAUUAGAUAUCAUAUCGAAAUUGAAAAGCGCCAAGAAGUAUAAAACUAAACAAGAGCAGUUAGGAAAGUUAGCUAAGAACCUUCCGAAUGAGCGUAUUCACAUCGAAAACUAUUUAUCAUUUUAUCUGCUUUAUUAUAUAUUGAUGGCGCUCCACACGCAAUUCGCGCAAGCAGCGUUGGGAAUUUAUCGUCGAUAUAAUCGGCUGAAUUGCUACAUCAAAAAUAUAUUUUCAUUAAAAAAAAUCCUGGAAUCAGCCUCCAAAACAAAAGCAACUAAAGUGGAUGUUCAAAAUGCUACCGAUACAGCUGUGCGUGAAACAAACAAUGAAAAUCAUUUGCCCGGCUCCAAUCCAAUUCAAAAACCAACUGGAAGAAUAACAACCGUAUCGCGUGCAAACUUAGAUGAAAAUCAUGCUACGCCCGCAUUUAGCACAGGCAAAUAUUCAGCGUCCACCAAUGUCAUUGCAUAUGGUAAAUUUCCAACAGUGACUACACCAACAAGAACUAUAACAACAACGCUAACUCGGGCCAGUUUCGUUUUGGAUCGACUUUCCUAUACACAUGCCAUUUUGGGUGAAACGGUGACGUUGGUUUCGAGGGUAUACGGACUGACGUUAUUAGUUAUGUUGGCUUCGUGUUUGCUGCAUCUUGUCGCGACCAGUUAUUUCUUAUUUCUUGAACUUCUCAAUGAUCCGGAUUUCUUUGUUGCCACAUUGCAAUUGCUAUGGUGUUGUUUCCAUAUUUCGCGACUGCUCCUACUUGUUGAACCAUGCCACAUGGCUACCGCUGAGGCCAGGAAAACCAUUAUCAUUGUUUGCGAAGUAUUAAGAAACUGUAAGGAUAUGUCAGUUGAACCAAUUCUUCAACGCUUCUGGCGACAAUUAAUUGCCGAUAAAACUUAUUACUUUACGGCCAGUGGCAUGUGCACCGUUGAACGACAGAUUUUGACAUCGAUUAGCGGCGCAAUUGCUACUUAUUUAGUGAUUUUGAUUCAAUUUCAAAAGGCCGAUGGCGAUUAA